AAUAAAAGAAUCUCCCUCAGUCUCACAAACAGAAACCUUCACAAUGGACAAGGUCAUUUUCCUUCUUGUUCUUUCAUCACUACCACAGCUUGUAGUACCCGAGGUUCACUCUGUGACCUCGUUCAGAGCUGUGGUGGAGAUGGUGUCAGGGGAUUCAAGGAUCUUCUCUGGAGAGAGUGUCCGACUGAAAUGCAGCAUUCCCGAUGGCCACAGGUCUUCCUGGAAUUACCUGUGGUUCAGGGGAUCUGAGCAGCUCCCACAGCACGGAGAGCACUUUGUUCUGUGGAGAGCCAAGAUUCAAGAGAGUGGGAAAUAUUACUGCCAAGGAGUGAGGGACACAGUGGUGGGAGACAUACACACCCUCCAAAGUCUGCCUUUUGAGGUUAACGUUGAUGGAGGGUAUGCCAUCCUGCAUGUCUCACCUCAACCCAGCUUAGAGGGAGACACAUUAACGGCCACGUGCCGUGUUCGAGGCACACCCCAAAUUCAUGAGGUGAUUCUGUACAAAGAUGGCCUUGAAGUUAUGAGACAAAAUGGCAUCAACCCACAUUUCAACCUGACCAACCUGACCAUCAAGGACCAAGGAAUGUAUUCUUGUAGGGCUUCCUGGGACGCAGAGAGACGUACACGCUCUGUAAUUUCAGUUGACACUCCACUGCAGGUCGUAGAGGUCGUGUCGCAGCCAAUUUUGGAGAUUGUUGCCGACAAUAACCAGGUUCCAGUAAAUAAGAUGAAGCUCAUCUGCCACGUCCAAUACAACGCCCGUGCUCCUGCUCCUCCAAUACACUACUAUUUCUACAAGAAUAAGAGCCGACUGGGAACAGCAACCUCUGAGAACCAUGAUCUGGUUAAACGGGAUCCAGGCCAGUACAGCUGCAAGGUCAAGGUGCCUCAGUUGGGUGUCACCAGUUGGAGUACACCCCAGAACUUUGCACAAGUGACAGGACCACAGAUGAUGAGGCCUUCAACUCUUCAGCCAAGAGACCUAUUGCCUUUAGCUCCCCCAAACUCACCCCCAGACCUCCCCCUGCCUCCUGCAUCUGAGCCAACAGCAGCCCGGCCCUCCCCUCCCCAAUCAACAGCAACUCCUAUUUUUAUUCAGUCUACUAAAGUAAGCACCCAAUCCUCAGAUCCCUCAGAGAAGCCUUCACAGCCAGCGCCAAGCACUCCACCUACAGUCCAGCCUCUCAACCAAACUGCCACUCCUGUCAACAUGUACGAAGAGUCUGGGGAAAUGUCUGGAGAUGGUGACUGGCCCGAUGAAACAGAGGACUGGGAUGCGGAAUCAGGUGACUGGCCUGAGGAAUCAGGUGACUGGCCCGAGGGCUCAGGUGGCAUGCCUUAGGACUCUCCAGACACUGUCCCUUAGUGACAAGCUGUCACACAUUACAGACCAGUGCAGAAUUAAUGAUCCUAAAUCAGAGUAAUAACGCACUAUUGCUACAUCUUUAACUAUCUGAUAUAAAUCAUACAUACAGGGCCACUGAGCUGCCACUGCACACUUUUUAAAUGAUUGAUUAUGUAAUAUUAAUUUUACAUGUUUGCAGCUGUCAACUUCAUGAUCUCAUGUACAAGACUAACUGGAUCAGUAGUGUUGGAAAUAAUAACAAAUGCUAUAUUGGUUAAAGCAAAUAAAGCAUUUCAUAAAUCCUA